AGAGGAGAUGAAACGUGAGGAAGAGGAAAAGAGAAAGAGAGAAGAUCUGGAAAAGAAGAGACUGGGGGAUGAAAUGAGAAUGAUGGAAGAAGAAGAGAAGAAAAAUAAAGAAGAAGAGAGGAUAAAGAAGGAAGAGGAAGAGAGAAAACUAGAGGAAAUGACACUUAAAAAAGAAGAGGAGAGGAAACGCGAGGAAGAGGAAAAGAGAAGGAGAGAAGAUCUGGAAAGGAAGAGACUGGAGGAUGAAAUGAGAAUGAUGGAAGAAGAAGAGAGGAUAAAUAAAGAAGAGGAAGAAAGGAUCAAGAAGGAAGAGGAAGAGAAGAGAAAAAGAGAAGAAGAAAGAAGAAAGAUUGAAGUAGAAAGGAGGAAGAUGGAGAAAGAGAAGAGAAAAGUGGAGGAAGAGAUGAGCCAGAAGAAGAAAGAGGAGAGAAAAAAGAAGGAAGAGAGAAAUAUUAUAGUCGAGGAAGAGAUUGAGGAGAGGAAGAAUCAGAAGGAAGAGAGGGAAAAGAAAGAAGAGGAGGGGGAUCUGAAAAAGGAAUAUGAAGAGAGGGAUAAAAGAGAAUAUGGAAAUGUAAAUGAAGAAAUAAAACUUGAGGAGAAGAAGGAAAAGGAAGAAAGGGAUUGGAAAAGGAGGGAAGAGGAAGCAAGAAGGAGAGAAAAUGAAAGAAAAAAGACAGAGGAGAAGAAGGAGGUGAAGGAAGUGGUAAGGAAAAAGGAAGGGGAAUAUGUAAUAAUAAAAGAAGAACAAAGAACUGUUGAAGAGGAUGAAAAAAGGAGAAAGGAAGAUAAAGGGAAAAUAAAAGAGGAAGAACAAAAAAGGAGGAAUAAAGAAGAGAUAAAACAAGAGGAUGUGAAGUGUUGCAGAAAAUUAGAAGAAGAAAUAAAUCUCAAGACGGGACAUGAGAGCAAAAUAAAAGAGAAUAAUGAGAAGAAACAAGAGGAUGAGGAAAGAAUUUUAGCCAAGGAGGAGCUGAGAAAGAAAGAGGAGGAGAGAAAAAGUGUCGUUGCAGAGAAGAAGCUGAACGAGGAAGAGGUAAAGAAAGAAACAGAAGAAGAAAUAAGAGUCAAAAUAAAGGAGGAAAAGGAAAAGAGAGAGAUGCACGACAGGGAAACGGGGGAAAUAGUGAGGAAAACAAAUGAGCUGCAGGAGAAAAGAGAGAAAAGAGAAAAUAAAAAGACAAAAACAGAUGAAACAGGAAACACUUUGGCCUCACAGCGAGCAGACAGCUCCACCUGGAACUCCUCCAGCUCUGGACGUUUACACAGUAAACACAGUAAACACAGCACUGGAUCAAUAACACAACAACAGGAGCCAGAAGAGAGCUUCAGUCAGACCUCCACAGACCAAACUCAAAGUGAAGAUGGAGCAGCGAGGCCGUCUACCGUGUCUGUUUCUUUAGCUGUGAGCCUCCCGGAGCACACAGAGGAGAAGAGGCUGUCAUGGAUGAAGGAGUGCACCUCCUGGUCCAAACUCUCCCUCCAGAACAGGAGGAGGCAGAGAGGAGGUGUCCGUGGUCGGAGAGGGCUGAGAGGAGCAGCUGAGGGCUGCAGCCUGCCUCCUCUCUGCUCACACACUCUGCUUCAGUCUGCAGCCUGCAAAUCCCUGCAAGAGGUGACCACAGUGACCCUGGAGGAUCUGCCUGGCUGCAGCUUGUCCACUCUGGCUCAGUGUUCCAGACUUCAGUCCCUCACCCUCAGACGCUGCGGCCUCAGAUCUCUGGAAGGCAUCAACCAGCUAUCACAGCUCUGCUACAUCGACGUACAGGAAAACGACAUCUCAUUUGUCGACUGUGAGAAUAUGACUAGUCUACGAGUUCUUCGGCUUGGCCACAACAAGCUGACGUCCAUCCAUGGUUUGAACGGUGCUGAAAAUCUGGACGUUCUAGACCUCUCACACAACUCCAUCACACGCAUUGCUGGUCUGGAGUCCAUGAGGAGACUGCAGAGGCUGUCGGUGGAUCACAACCAGCUGAUCAGCACCAAAGGACUGAGGGACGUCUACACUCUGCUGCACCUCAACUGCUCACACAACCACCUGGCAGGUGUGGAGGGUCUGGAGAACAAUGCUCUGCUCAGCACACUGGACCUGAGGGGCAACAGCCUCACUGAGCCCCCCAGUCUGAACAACCAGGUCCUCCUCGCAGAGCUGCAUCUGGAGGACAACAGCAUCUCCUCCCUGCAGGGCCUCACUGCCUGCUGGCUUCCCCUCAUGCACAGUCUCUCUGUGGCCCAAAACAGAAUCACCCAGCUGCCUUCCAUGUCUGAUUUCGUGUCCCUUGUGAAUCUGGAUCUUCGAUAUAACUGCAUGUCAGAGCUCCAGAACGUGUGUGAGAGUCUGCAGGGAUGUCAGUUCCUACGAGAGGUCCAUCUCACAGGGAAUCCUCUCCAGCAGGAGAGAGGCUGGAGCUCCACUCUGCAGAAAGCGGUGCCCGGCCUGAGGGCCAGCGGUGACCAGCCGACAGACUCUCCUCUAACGCCUCCUGCUGCUCUGCAGGUCAGCUCGGCCUCAGGCAGCUUCCUGCUGUUCUGUCAGGAUCAGCUUCAGCAGACUCGAGAUCUACAGCAGCAGCACAGCAGGGAGCUCAGUAAAGCCUCCUCUGCCCUGGAUGCUGUAAAAACCUCCUGCCGACACUUCACCGAGGCUCUGCAGCUGGCCAAGGAGCAGAGAUUUGCCCAUGAAUAUGGUGACACCACCGUCUGCACUAACCCUACAGCUCAAACAUCAGCUGAAGGAACACUGGACACGGACAGAGCAGAUGCUGAGAACCAUACCGAGCAUGCAGAAAUGGAGUUCACUAGAAACGUCCAGCCUGUUCUUACAGACAGGGACGAAUGCAGCUACAGGACUGUUGAGGAGAAGUUAGCUUUGGAGACUCAACAGGACACAUUUGACACUGUUGCAACAACUCCAAAGACUCCAAAAACGUCUUCCUCCAGUCUUAAAAAGUCACCUGUGUCCAACCAUCAAGACCUGGUCAUCCAAAAUAAAGCCUCCUCUGCCCUGGAUGCUGUAAAAACCUCCUGCCGACACUUCACCGAGGCUCUGCAGCUGGCCAAGGAGCAGAGAUUUGCCCAUGAAUAUGGUGACACCACCGUCUGCACUAACCCUACAGCUCAAACAUCAGCUGAAGGAACACUGGACACGGACAGAGCAGAUGCUGAGAACCAUACUGAGCAUGCAGAAAUGGAGUUCACUAGAAACGUCCAGCCUGUUCUUACAGACAGGGACGAAUGCAGCUACAGGACUGUUGAGGAGAAGUUAGCUGUGGAGACUCAACAGGACACAUUUGACACUGUUGCAACAACUCCAAAUACUCCAAAUACUCCAAAAACGUCUUCCUCCAGUCUUAAAAAGUCACCUGUGUCCAACCAUCAAGACCUGGUCAUCCAAAACACAGCAGCAGUGGUGAUUCAGCAGCUGUGGAGGAAAUAUAGACAGAAAUGUGGGAACAUCAGCAGCCUUUCCACAGCUGAGAGGAGAGGGGGAGGAGAGCCAAAAGCUUUCUAUAUUAACGGGAGCGUUGUUGGCAAGGAUUACGCAGCAACUGUCAUCCAGGCGUUGUGGAGGGGCUUCGCUCUGAGGAGGAGGCUCGCAUCUGCUCUGGCUGCCGUCACGUGCUCCGACAGCGGAGAGGACGACACCUUUGAGGAGGUAGACGUGGAUGAAUUUGUCUUUGAUGAGGCAACAAUAGAGAAACCCUGGACUUUGUCGUUUUCUGAGGACUCCCCUCCCAGACGUUACACUGCGUCACAGCUACUGCCGUCCCUGAAGCCUCCUGUGCACCUUCCUGAACCCUCACAGUUCAUUCUCCCACCGCCGCUCGUCAGGAGGACCAAGCAGGCAUGGCUGCCUGAAGAACAGGUGAACUCUGCUGGAGCCAGAGUUUCCCCAGAGAACUCCAACAGAAGCAAAUCUCCUGCUUCGACGCCGGUGCUCAGAGGUCUCGCUGAAAGAUCAGAAAAGAUUCUGGAAGAAUGGGGCUUCACCGACAGCCACACGGCUCUUCAAAUGCUCAAGAGAGCUCAGAACAUGAAACCAGCAAAGCAGCAGCAGAAAAGACGUAGAGAUCCCUCCGUCCGUCUUGCCUUGUUCAGAAAGUGCAGUUACCCGCUGGGUCCAGUGGAGGCACCAAACAGGCCGGUACAACACAACAGGAAUAACAUACAAGUCCGCGAGGCAGAGCCGGGCCUUCAGCAGACGGAGGUGGCUGAGAGAGGGAAGCAGGAACCAGAUCAGCAGUGGCUGCACACCCACUCAGAGAGCGAGCGUUUCUUACCGGAGAUCAGCUCAGACAUUCUGAACGGAGGCAGGGUGCAGCUCGUGGCUGACCCAGGAUACUCAGAACGUCGACAUCACGCCAGUGGACUGCAGGCCAACAACAGUUUAGCUGCCCAGCCUUGCAAAGAGAACAAUUACCCUCGCAGAAACUCUCUGGGUCAUGCAAGAAAAGAGGUUCCAUCUCCUCAGCGAGUCAAGUCCGCUCCGUCAAAAAAGGAGCGCAUCUCCUUCCGGGACGUCCCCGUCCAGCUGAGCGACGGCUGGGGAGGCGGCAAGAAAAGAGACAGAGUUCACAAGUAAAACACAAACUCUUCUACAACCACCUUGUUUCAACACCCAGAGAGACUUAUAGGCAGAUGCAUUUGUCUUCUUCUGAUCCAGAACCAGACCAAAAAGUGAAUCAUUUUUUAAUUAUAUGUGCAUAUAGUUCAGGAAAUAAUACUUAAGCUUCCUUUGGGUGCAACAUAAAGCUAAUAAUGUGGUUUUACCAUGCAUUUGUCCCUUUUUUGAUCCAUAUUCUGACCAAAAAGUGACGCAAUUUCAAAUUAUAUGUGCAUAUAAGUUCAGGUAAGAAUACUUAAGCUUCCUUUGGGUGCAACAUAAAGCUAACAAUGUGGUUUUACCAUGCAUUUGUCCCUUUUUUGAUCCAUAUUCUGACCAAAAAGUGACGCAAUUUCAAAUUAUAUGUGCAUAUAAGUUCAGGAAAGAAUACUUAAGCUUCCUUUGGGUGCAACGUAAAGCUAACAAUGUGGUUUUAUUAUGCAUUUGUGCAAAGUGACCCCAUAGAUUUCACUCUCACAAGGAUAAUUCUUGCCUCCACGAAGAAGACUUUCUUUAUUUUUGUUUAUAAUGCUAUUUUAUCGCCUGUGCCGAAUCCCCCCGCAGCUGCUCCUUUUUUCAAACUCAGCUGAAAACUCGAGCUCCCUGUCCUGAAAAUUAAUCAAGACCAAUAUGACCCGGAUCAGCCCAAAUAUCUCCAGGCGCUUCCAUUAUGUCGACUCAGCUCAAGUAUCAGUGCCUGAAUGUGAUCGCGGCCAACCAGCAACAAAACACAUGGAACCAAAUGACACGCUUCAUAUGCAAAUGAUGGCAGGAAAUCAGAACCAGGACCUUUAAUACCUGCGGAUUCAUGUUUCUCUGGACGCCGAACUGUUGUUUCUCUGCUGAUUUACUCUCUCGACGAAGAAAUAUGGUAAUUAUAGUUUGCAGCCAUGGGAAGAGACUUGCUUUUUCCACUUCUCCUGCUUGCUUAAAGAGUAAAGUUUAAUAAAGCCCAGAGAUUUAAGUGCAAUUUCCACAUUCUGGGGCUAUAUUUAGCUCCCGCUCGCCAACAGCGGGCUUGAAAUUACUGCUUUUCAUGAGCCGAGCACAAACAUUGGUGUUAGAAUUAGAAAGAUGUUUUCUUUAUUUCCAGUUGUGGAUUAUAAUAGCUUUGUCUGUGUGUUUGAAUUUGGAGAGCUAAGGCGUCCGUCCGCAAACACUGAGUGCCCUGCAGCGGAGGCGGUGAACCUUCUGGGCUCGGAGGUUCCUCUCUGGACGGCCGCCUGGAAAUGAUAACUUAAUGAACGUCAAAACAAAUAGUCGGAGCUGCAGAGUGGCUCCCUGGCAGGAAAUGCACGUCUGUCUAUUUAUUUUCCUCCUAUCUUGCACUUGCACAUGUCUGGAGGGUGUGUUUUGACUGUAUACGAGCCGAUGGGGGAUUUUUUUCUUGUCUGGGAGAGUGGCGUAUGCCAGAGAUGUGGUGGUCCUGCCCACUCGGGGGCUGUUGUGAAACCCAAGAGCACUGUCCUCCUGCAGGGGGAAACUGAUUCUCCAGGCUCUCUGGGGGACAUCAAGGGGGUUAUUUAACUUUCAUUAAGCAACUGUA